AUGUUUGCGGGAGCGUCGCGACGCCUUUCGUUGUUUUGUAAACAAAUUCGUCAGCAGAAACAAAAUCGUUCACAAGCGUUCAGUUUUUUUUCAAAAAUAUGUCCCUUUUUCCAGCUUAUUCCCCGGCUGGGUCUUCGGCUUCCGUUGUCAAACCGGACGAUCUAUCAUGGCUCACGAACCAAAGUUUCAUCCCAUUUCCGGUUGGUGGUGCCGUACCGGAAGGACAGGAGGGUGUCAGCGAAUUGUCGGAUUCCAGUGACAGUGUGGAUCGGCAUAUAAAGCACAAGAAAACUAAGAAAAAGAAAAAGAAGCAUCAUAAACGAAAACGAUCGAGGUCUGCUUCCGGUGAUGAAAAAGAAAAGGAAGUUCCGGAACAAGUUGCGGUUUCCGAGCAGGAGUUUUAUACGGAUGUGCAACCGAUGCGGAUUUAUCUGACGGUGGAUACCUUGCACAAACCAGCAUGUCCCCGGUAUCGGUUGGGGCCGUACCGUUUCCGGUUGACUGAACAGACCUGGUGGAAACAGAAUCGACCAGUAAGAUACUUUAGAUACUUCAGGAAAUCGAAGGAUUUUGUCAAAACGUCUGAGAAAGUUAAGGAAGAGGAAAUGGAACUGGAGAAAUCCGCGAAGAAAUCUAACUCUGUAGAGUCGUGGGUGGCUUAUCUGAGGUUUAAGGCCGAUCAUCCGGUGCAUUUGGACAGUUAUCAGAAUCAUAAAGCAGAGUUGGAUGUAAUUGAACGGGCUAUGCGAUACCAUCCCGAUGAAGAACAAUUGCUAGGGAUGUAUCUGGAAUGGAUCGUCAAGGUACACCCUAUGGAUCACGUGUUGGAGUUGAUUCAAAAGAUGAUCAACAAGGACAACGCCAAUAUUCUGCUUUGGAACGCAUUGAUCAAUAACAAACAAUGCUCCAUGGCUCAGUGUAUAGUUCCGGAUGUGUUGAAGAUGUAUGAGAAGAGUACCCGAGCAUUGUUUCGGGCUAGACGAAGCGAUGAAGUCAUGCUGAGGCUCUUUAAGAAAUGUGCAAUCUUUUGUCGACAGGCUGGCCUCUGGGAGCAACUAUUCGCCCUGAUAGAACUGGCGCUUAGCAUAAAUAUAAGCGACAAUUUUGCCAAUGGUCAGGCGCUGUUCGGUUCCCCCGAACAUUUCAAUCAAUUGAUCGAGUACGAAGAAUUGAUACUGAAAUCGGGAUUGCCUAUGAACGAAAUUUGGUUGAGGAUAGAAAAGCUACGAAGCGCCUAUCAUUUUCUGCCAUUCAAAGGGGCAAACAUGUGCAGUGAUCCACAAAGAAUGAUUUUACAGGAGGAUAUCACCGGUUUUGUGUAUCCAUUAAUCAACAAGGAAUAUACUUUCGACCUGGUAAUCCUUGUGCUGAAAAUCAUGAAAUAUCCCUUCGAGUGUACAGCUUUUGAAACAACUUCCUUGUUUAAGCCUGAACCAUUCGAGGAAGAUUAUUCGGAACAACUUUUACCGAUAUUUCUAGAUUUGAAUAGGAAUCGGAAACUUGAUAUCUACAUCGUGAACUUGAUCAAGGAACUCAAUACUUCACCAUCGUUUAUCAACACAAAUCUAGCGUUCGAAUCAUAUCUGGAAUUGAUUCGAGAAUUCAUCGUGUGUGCUGCUCGGCAUUUUUCCAACGAAAAGCAUGUGAUACUUUCUUUGUUGUACCUUAAACUGGAACGCAUCCUCGUGGUAUUCGAUAAAACUCUGGAGCCACUUUCGGAUCAACGGAAAAAAGCUUCUCGUAGUCGUACAAAAAAUCUGUUGAAAAACUGUAAAUAUCCAAACGAUAUCAACUUUUACGUGGAAUAUGCUCUAAUUGAGUAUGAAAUGGAAGGACUGGGGCCGAGUUGUUUGAAAAUUUUCAACGUGUCUGUCCAGGUUUUCUGUUCUUCGUCCGAUCUCAGUCAGGACAAUGAUUUGUUCACACUGAUUCUCAAGUUUGUUGAGAUACUUCUGUCCAAUGAUCGCAAAGCCCAAGCCGUUUUCAUCCUAACAAAGCUCAUUAUGAAUCCUCGAGAGCUUCAUUUCAACGACCCUGAACCCAUAAAAGAUCCUACCAAGCUGAUAGCACUUCAAAAGUUUAAUGAGCGUCUGAAUCAGCAACUUGAGAAGGAUAAUGGUGAGGAACCGCUGCUUCUGGAACAUUAUUUCACCACGCAUCCUCUAUUGAACAGUCUCAGAGCCUAUCUGUAUUAUCUGGCGCUGAUAAAAUCCAAAACGGAAACCACUAAAAAAAUCGAAAGCUUUUUGUUCGUGUUCGAUGACCUCACCAAUCACAAACACGUCUUCUUUCGGGAGCAAAUCUACGACAUUCGGCUGCGCAUCCAGGAAUUCCGCAUGGACGAUUUCACCAACAGUUGUCUUCUGGAAACCAUCGACCGUGUUUUGCACGAAUAUCCCAGCAAUCUAACGGCGAUCCGCAUGUGUGCCUUCUCCAACACGCUCACUUGGUUCCAAAUUCGAACGAUCCUGAACAAAAAUCUCACCAUUAAAUCGGUCCUUCUCCUAACGGCAUCUGCUCGCAUUCGGAACCUUCUUCUGCAAGUCCAGGACCAAUCUGAAAACGACGAAACCUACAAACGACGCAUUCUAAGCCUUCUCAAGCAGGCCGUUCUCCCUACAACCGACAACACACCGCCAAUCCGUCAGAAUGCCAUCCUGUGGCGUCUAUACCUCAGGGAGCUAUUCGAUCAACCUACCUCGGUGGUGGCAGCUACAACCGGUGGCAGUGGUAACGUGCUGGAACAGUGUCGCAAAACCCUUUACACGGCCUUGGAAGCGUGUCCCUGGAACAAGGCGCUCUACCUGGAUGGGGCCUUCUUCGCGCCCCAGGAGCUGUCGCAGCUGCUGGACUUGCUGCUCGAAAAACAGCUGCGGAUACAUGCCAUCCCGGAGGAGCUGGAGAUCCUUAGAGGUGAAUAAGUGGGUUUGGUGGGGGGUUAACAGGAAAAUAAAAGUAGUUAUUCAAUAUUUGAAA